CCCCUGGCAGCAAGGCAGCCCAAUCUCAGAUGACUCAGGGGGAUAUGGUGAUAGCAAUUGAUGGCGUCAACACAGAUGGCAUGACCCACCUAGAGGCCCAGAAUCUGAUCAAAUCAGCAAACUACAACCUGAAUCUCACUCUUCAAAAAUCAAAACGUCCAGUUCCAAUGCAAACAAGCAUCCCGAGGAUCGAUUCUCCCAUGCCCGUGAUCCCUCAUCAAAAGGUCGUAACCAAUCCUAUGACCAACACGGAGUACGUGGAACGUUUCAACCCCAAUGUCCUGAAGGAUUCUGCACUGUCCACGCAUAAACCCAUAGAGGUGAAAGGCCCUGGGGGCAAAGCCACCAUCAUUCAUGCCCAAUAUAACACACCCAUCAGCAUGUACUCUCAAGAUGCUAUCAUGGACGCCAUUGCAGGCCAAGCUCAGGCCCAGGGUGGUGAAUUUGCUGGUAACCUUCCUGUUAAAGAUCCUCAUGUAGACAGUGCAUCUCCAGUCUAUCAGGCUGUGCUUAAAACUCAGAACAAGUCUGAAGAAGAUCUGGAUGAUUGGAGCCGCCGGUCUUCAAACUUGCAGUCAAAGUCCUUCCGGGUCCUUGCUCAGAUGACAGGAACUGAGUACAUGCAAGAUCCAGAUGAAGAUGCCUUGAGAAGAUCAAGGGAGAGGUUUGAAACGGAGCGUAACGGCCCACGUUUUGCCAAACUGCGCAACUGGCAUCAUGGCCUCUCCGCGCAAAUCCUUAAUGUCAAGGGUUAAUUGUCCUGUGGCUAAGGAGCCCAGCUGGAAGAGGAAUAUAAUAUAAACCUUUCCUGAGUUUAGCAUAGGAGCCGCCUCAAAAAACCUUGAGAAGCUAAAAAAAAAAAGACUGUUAUUUGUUUUCGGAAUUAUUAUUAUUAUUUCCCUCUAAGCGCUUGCCUUUGUUAUUAUGGUUUCUUUCAUCCAGCCUGUAAGUUCCCUUAACUGUAAAAUUGGCUUGAUUUGGUUGGCCAAUUGGUAGAUUCUGAGUCAUUUACGAGACACGUGUGGCUUGGCUGUUACAAUUUCUGGCUUUUAACCGAUGUAUAUUGAAUGGGGAAGUGGGUAUAUAUAUUAUAUUAAUAGAGAUUAAAUCUCUAUUGCUAUAGAUCAAGGGUCUUCAAACUCGACAGCUUUAAGACUUGUGGACUUCAAUUCCCAGAAUUCCUCCUCCAGUCAUGUUAGUUCAGGAAUUCUGGGAGUUGAAGUCCACAAGUCUUAAACUUGCCAAAUUUGAAGACCCUUGCUAUAGAUAUAUAUUGGUAUAUUGGAAUUCAGAAGUUGGAAGAGAAAUGUAUUGUAUCUAGGACUUUGGUCAACCCUCUAGAUCUCUUAGUUGCAGAGUUCGUUUAGGUCAUAUUGAUAAAGACACUUGGUACAGAUAGUCCUCAACUUAAAACAACCACAAUUGAACACAAUUUUCCUUGUAAGUUGGGCGUGUGGAAGAGGCAGGAUUAAUUAAUUACGUCACGUCACUGUGAAUCACAGCGUUGGAAGCAGAUAGUUCAGAAGUUCAGAAGCAAAAAGCAAGUUGGCCUGAAAGAAAUAUAUAUAAGAUAAUUUAUACACUGAGUUGUUGACAGCAUGGUGUAACUUUUAGACAACAUUUUGCUUUUCAUGUAUCACAGUUGCUUUGAAAGAUCCUUUUCUUGUAUAUAGCAGUGUGGUUUUAUGUGAAAUAAAGAAUCUCAAAAACA